AUGUUGAGUCGAAUCACAUUGCUCACAAAAAGUUUGUAAGUUUCAUUCAAAAAUUUGGGAAAAAUGAAAAAAUGAUAGAAAAUCAUGUUUUUUGAGCCAAAACUCAUGGAAAUUGACACAGAAUUGACCUAGAAUCAAAUUUUCAAAGAAAAAAUGGGAAAUUUUAUAGAAAAUCAUGCUUUUGAGUCAAAAUUUAUGAAAAUUGACCUAGAAUUAAAAUUUCAAAGAAAAAUUGGAACAUUUGAUGAAAAAUCAUGUUUUUGGGCUUAAAUUCAUGGAAAUCGACCCAAAACUGACCUGAAAUUAAAUUCUAAAAAAAAUCCAGGAAAACGAACAUUGUGCAAAGAGGUUUCGCUUCAGUGAGAGAUGAAAAAUCGCAGCGAAGAAUCGGUUGGUGGCUGAUGGGAUGUGCUGGAAUGUGUUAUGGAGCUGUGGCGAUUGGUGGAGUCACUAGGUAUUUAGCCUAACUUGACCCCCUGGAAUCGAAAAAAAAUCAUAUUUUUCAGAUUAACAGAAUCUGGAUUGAGUAUGGUGAAUUGGGAUCUGUUUAAAACUAUGAAGCCGCCAUUUAAUCAGAAAGAAUGGGAAGCGGAAUUUGAGAAAUACAAAGCUUAUCCGGAAUAUAAAUAGUGAGGUUUUCAAAAUUGCAGAGAACAUUUACUGAUAUGAGACGUGGCGGAACUUUGGGAGCUGAAAACUAGCUUCAAAAUGAUUUUCAUGCAAAUCUGAUUUUGUUCAGAAGAACAUCAGUAGAAUUCAGAAGCAGAUUUUGAAUUCUACUGAUGUAAUCGAAUCUUCUGAACAAUAUCAGAUUUGCAUGAAAAUCAUUUUGAAGCUAAUUUUCAGCUCUCAAAGUCUGCCACGUCAUAACUCACAUUUAAAAAAAAAUGUUUUCUGCAAUUUUGAACAAGUGAUCAGCAAAAUUUCCCAAUAAAACCAUUUUCCAGCAAGUCUUCGAGCCAUGAAAUGACACUCAACGAAUUCAAAUUCAUUUGGAGUAUGGAAUACGGUCAUCGAAUGUGGGGUCGAGCCAUCGGCCUAGUCUUCUUGAUCCCUUGCGCAUAUUUCUGGGCUCGCGGAAGAUUCAGCACACCAAUGAAGAAACGCAUGGGUUUGGCGACGGUUUUGUUGUUGGCGCAAGGUGGAAUUGGUUGGUGGAUGGUGAAAUCGGGGUUGGAUCCGUCGAACAAUUCGUCGGAUAUUCCGCGCGUUUCACAAUAUCGAUUGGCGACGCAUUUAACGAUGGCGUUCUUCUUGUAUUCGGUGUUCUUUUAUAAUGGUUUGACGCAUUUGCUUAAACCCAAUGAUGUGAGUUUUUUUUGGGUUGAAAAAGGUGAAAAAUACAGAAAAAGGUCCUGGGCUUUUUGAAAAAGCUUUUAAAAAUAUUAUUUCUAUAUUUUCGAAUUUUUUCCAGGCUCCAGAACCUUCUAGAUAAUUUUCCGAUUUUUCUGAAGAUUUGGAAAACUUUCUAGGGCUUCUAGAAUCCAGAAUAAAACGUUAAAAUUUUCCCGGCUUCUGAAAAAUAUCCCGGAGCUUCUAGAAAUUCAGAAUAAUCUCCAAAGCCUUCUAGAUAAUUUUCUGAUUUUUUUGAAGAUUUGGAAAAAUUCCUAGGGUUUCUAGAAUCCAGAAAAAAACGUUCUAGAAUUUUCCCGGGUUUCUGAAGAUUCAGAAAAAUCUUCUAGGCUUUCUGGAUCAUUCUCUAAACUUCUGAAGAUUCAGAAAAUGUUCUUGAGCUUCUGAAAAAUCUUCUAGGCCUUCUAGAAAUUCAGAAUAAUCUCUGAGCCUUCUAGAUAAUUUUCCAAACUUCUAUAAAAUUCAAAAAAAAAUUAUCCCAGGUUUUCUGAGGCUCUCAUAAAUUCAGAAAAAAAUUCCUAGGGCUUCUAGAUCUUUUUCCGAAUUUCUGCAGAUUCAGAAUAAUUUUCAUAACCUUCUAGAUCAUUUUUCGGAUUUCUGGAGCUUCUAAAAAACAUUCCUAGACUUCCGAAAAUUUAGGAAAUCCUCCUGGUCUUUCUGGAAUUUUUUUCAAACUUCUAUAAAAUUCAGAAAAUUCUCCAAGGCUUCUAAAAUCCUCCUAGGCAUUCUGAAUAAUUCAGAAAUUACAAAUCUCUAUUUUCCAGCUCUCAAAAGUGCCGGGAAAACUCGGAGCUCUCCGCGGUCUCACUCACUCCUCAAAACUUCUCGUCUUCACCACCGCCAUAAUGGGCGCUUUUGUCGCCGGUCUCGACGCGGGACUCGUCUACAAUUCCUGGCCAAAAUUCGCCGACAAAUGGAUUCCCGAAAAUAUGCUCUCGCGCUCGCCGGCCUGGAAGAACUUUUUCGAAAACGACGUGACCGUACAAUUUGUGCACCGCAAUUUGGCCUAUCUCACAACUGCCACGAUUUUGGCCACAUUUUUGGCGGGACGAAGAAUGGCGUUGCCGAGGAGAACGAGAUGGGCGCUGAAUUUGUCGGUGGCUGCUGUUUUUGGACAAGCCGCGCUGGGUGUCACGACUUUGGUGAGUAUUUUUGGAGGCUGCGGGAAUUUUGACUCAAAAUUUUGAAAAAAUACCAGAAAACCAUAUUUUCUAUUUGAAAAAUGAUCAUUUUUACUUAAUCAGAAUUGAAAAAAUUUGAAUUUUAAAAAUCGCCCGCCAAAAACCGGGUGUAAACGCGGAGCAUCGUUACAAUUUCAAAUAUUUUUUUGAAUUUUGGAAAAUCCUGAAUUUUAAUGGAAAAUUGAGCUGAAACAGUAUUUAUUGAUCGAAUUUUUUGAACAGAAAAUUUGCUGCCGAAAAUCUAGGUGUAAACGCGGAGCCUCGUUGUAAAUUAAAAAUUUCUAGGCUAAAGUUCGGUUUUUUUUAAUGGAAAACAAUAAAAAAUUCAGAAAAAAUGCUCAAAAACCUCAUUUUCUAGUGGAAAAUUGAACAUUGUUUAAUUAGAAUCGAAUAAAAUUCGAAUUUUGAAAAAAUCCCUCGCCAAAAAUCUUGGUGUAAACGCGGAGCCUCGUUUCCCAACCGCGUUUUUUUUCCAGAUAAAUUAUGUGCCAGUCUGGCUGGCUGCUUGUCAUCAAUCUGGAUCAAUGGCUCUACUCUCUUGUGUACUUUGGCUAAGUCACGAACUCCGAAGGAUUCCCAAAUAA